AUGCCGGCGGAUGAGUCGCAAGCCCAGAUCGACUUGGCAAACAGUCCGCAGAUGCGACGAUCUCACAGUGAGGGCCCGCAGCCAAUGUGGAGGCGCUGGGAGGACAGCGAGAUCCAGAUCCACCAUGCAAAGGCUGAAGAGCGCAUCUCGCGCAGGCGCCAAGAGCUGCUGGAGGAGAUGAAGCGACGGGAGGAAGAGCAAUGCACCUUUACCCCGCGCCUCAUUGCAAGGUCAGGCAGCCGCGAGGGCACUCCUCGCACGCGCUCAGAUGGGCUGCAGGACUGGUUGGGGCAGCAGCUUGAGAGCAAGAAGAAGAAGGUCGAGUGUCUUGAGGAAGAGAUGUACGGUGACUUCACUUACCAGCCCCAGAUCACAAACAUGGCCAGGCAACUGCCUCGCCAGCCCUUCUCGAGUGUCUUUGAGCGGCUCUACAAGGUGGCCCAGGAGCGGUUACGUGCCAAGGCAGCGCAGCCGAGGAGCAGGUCUCAGGAGAACUUUAGACCUUCACGCAGGACAGAUGUACACGAGCACCUGUAUGCCCAAGGCUUGCAGCAGCGUGCGCGACAAAGUGCGCAGGCAGAGCAGGCCAACGCAGAGCAGCGCGGGAGCCAGGUUCUCAGCCGCUCGCGGCAGUACUACUGGCAUAUGCUGGAGCGUCAGAUUCGGGAAGCGUUUGACAAGUCCACAGAUGAUGGGAACUGCCUCGCGUAUACGGCCCUGGAGGACUUUUUGCGACACUUUGGAGUCGUAAAGGAUCAGACGGCUUCCACACUCCUGGCCACAGAGCGGUUGAAGGAGGAGUCCCGACGCCUUCGCAUGACUCUUUGGCGGCACUUGGACCCCGAGCAGGUGGGCUUUGUGGACUUCCUGACGCUCACCGUCUUCUUCCACGUGUUGAUGGGUGCCGUAGAUGAGGAAGCUCAGAGGCUGCAUAACCUGGCACAGCAGGAGCGCGCGAGUAAAGGCAGCCCGCAGGCAACACCGGGGGGUUCUGUCUCGGAGGAGCUGGCGGUGGCCACUGCGGCAGCCCGCGAUGCUGCUGCCGCAGCGGAUCCUGAGGGCACUCGGAUUUGUGAGCUCUUGAUGCGGUUCAACCCGAAGCAGCUUCGAACGGAGUUCAAGCAGCUUUACUUGGAUCGCCUGCACCAGACGCGAGCGCAGCGCCAGGCAGAACCCGAGAAGACUCCCAGCCCUUCGCUCACCUCACAUAGCCGCCGCCUGGCGCAGCAAUUCCGCCAGAAGCUGACGGAGGCUGGCGCUGUUGGCGACCGCCACGUGGACCUUCUGCUUUGGCAGAAGAAUCAGGUUGAGGCGUCUCGUCAGCGGCUGCGAGAGCAGCGUGAUGCUGAGGAGGUGGAGCAGUGCACCUUCCAGCCCUGCCUGGUUUCCCGGCGAAGCCGCUCCGCGGAGCGACCCAGCAGGCAGCUCGGCCAGCGCCUUUACGAGCGCGCAAACCUGGAGCAGCAGCGCCGCGAGGCCAGCGCAGCUGCUCGUGAGCAGGCUCGCCUGGACCAGGAAAUGUUGGACUGCACAUUUCGGCCCAACUUGAAGAAGAGCGACAAGAGCUUUGCUUCGAAGACAUGCUGCUCACCCCGCGGGGCGGAUGCUUCAGCUCAGCGCCUCCGAAAGGCCUUUGCGGAGAACUACAGCAAGCGCCGCUUGCUGGAAGAGCGCUGCAGUCAGUUUGUCACUGCAAAAGCACGGCCAGAGGGAACAUUGGACUCACCCUACGCGCGAAACGGCUCUGAGUCUCUGGGAAAGCGCCACUAUUCGACCAUGGUGCAGGCAGCUUCUCCAGUCUCACCAUUGUGCACGAAGCAAUCCCAGGUCCUGGUGGACGGAGCACCUCAGGCAGACCCUGGCGGUUCAGGUACUUCUUCAACAUGCAUCGAGCCACCUCGUUCCAGCGUCCGCCGGCAGAAGCUGCCUGGGCAGCCUAAACAGCAAGCGCAGCGAGCGAAAGCUAAAGCAGGCAGAAGUUCGUCGGCAGUGGGAAAUCGGGAGGCUGACUGCAGCGUAGAGAAGGAGAUCCGCCCCAUACUCAUUGCCGAGGUCAGUGUUUCGAGGGACAUACCGCCUCAAAAGCUUGUGCUCUACGAGGCCGACGAUGUGGCGGAGGUUGCUGCAGAUUUUGCAGCUCAGCACCAGCUGCCUGCUCACAUGAAAGAACGGCUGCAGAGGUACCUCAGCGAAUUGCGGAAGCGGAAUGAGGGCAAUGUCACCAAGGGAGUGUGA